AUGGACGAGAUUAAAGAGAUAUUGGGGAAAGCCAAACAUGGAUGGGACGAUAUCGCGAGUUUUCUCCUGCAACAGAUGGCAGAGGCGGUUUACUCCUCCAAUGUAAAGUCCAGGAAGGGCUUGGGCCUUGACAUCACCCUGAAACUUUGCAUGAUGAUAUUCGAAGGCAACGCAGGCGUAGAGUACACCGAGCGAACAGAAGAGUACCAGGCUCGGCUUGACGCUCUGGUACGGAAAGACGUACUUCCUGGCGAGCACCAUGUUCUUCGAAGUCGGAGGGAGGUCGUUCAGCAUGCUGCUGCAUUUCAACAUAUCAUCAAUCAGUUCAUCCGUGAAGGAAAGCCAAUGACCGAGCCGCUGAUCAAAGACACACACGCUAUACUCGUCAAAGGGGUUAGUGGCGAAGCUGCCGGCAUACUCAGUAGCAAAGAGUUUGGUGGCAUCUACCGUGUCGAAGACGUUUUCGUGGGCACUACCAGAUUUAUCCACCCGAAUAAGACCUCCGAGGCUAUGGAAUCGAUGACCCUGAGCCUUCAACAGCAUUUGAUAACAGAUGGCAAUGGGCGCAUGUGCCGGCUCAUUCUUAAUGCAAUCCUCAUCAAAUACGCUAGAAUCGUUGUCAAUGUUGGAGAGCAUGGGCAAGAUAGAGGCGAGUACAUUCAGACAGCCCGUGAAAGCAGAGAAGUUGGUGGUCAUGGUGGUGCUUUAGCAACGAUGGUUUUGAAGGAGGCCACCAAAAGCUACCGGAAAAUACGCAACACGUUGAGACACAGACACAGGGGAUAG